UCGCUUGCUGUUACCAUAAAGGGAAACGCAGUACCCUGGCUAAACAUAGAUGAAAUUAAUCUAGGCAUCCCGGGCUCUAAUUGAAAGAAGCAAAAGCGAAAGUCGAGAAAAUUUCAUCUUUAUUUUGUUGUGUGAGUUAUGUUAUUUUUCACCUUGCCGGAUCUGUGCUUUGUGCGCAAUCAAAAGAGAUAAGCACUGUUUUGCUUCCGUGUGCAUCACCUUUUAGGUAGGCAAGAAGCGGCAACGGGCAGGGAAGUUGCAGCCAGCCGCGCUAACAGUCCGCCGCUGCCACCGCCAGCCUUCCGGGAUGCAGUCCGUACACAUCCAGGGCGUCCGGAUGGCUGAGGUCCUUCAGAAGACGCUGGCCGACUACGAAGACGUGUGGCUGUUUGUCACACACAUGGGUGACCCGAAAGCUGCCUUCCUCCUCUGCUUCCCCGUGACCUACUACCUCAGCCGGCGGACUGGUGUGGCCGUCCUCUGGGUAGCAGCCAUCUCGGAAUGGCUGAACCUCAUGUUUAAAUGGGUGCUGUUUGGAGAGAGGCCAUUUUGGUGGAUAGGGGAAUCCCGUCUGUUUGGGAAGAACCCUCCCCUGGUGCGGCAGUUCUCUACCACCUGUGAAACGGGGCCAGGUAGCCCGUCUGGCCACGCCAUGGUGACGUCCGCCGUGUGCUGGGUCAUGGCCUCCAGCCUUGCCUCCUUCCUGUACCUGCACACACGUAGUGUCCUGCUGAGGGCUGUCCCCUACCUGCUGUACGUGGUGGUGCUGCUGGCCGUCGGCAUCUCCAGGGUCUUCACCCUGGCUCAUUUCCCUCAUCAGGUCAUCGCUGGGAGCCUGACAGGCAUCAUGAUAGGAGUGUUCCUGAACCGCGCGGUCCCAGAAGAGCGCCCCCUACGCUUCUUCUUUCAUGUCAGCAUGGGUCUGCUGCUAGCUGCCCUGCUUCUGCACGCAGGGCUGGAGUACUUUGGCAUCAACCUGUCCUGGUCCAUUGCACUAGCUAUGAAAUGGUGCUCGCACCUUGCUUGGAUCCGCUUGGACACGGCCCCCUUCUCGUCCCUGACCCGGGACUGUGGUAGCAUGCUGGGCCUUGGACUGGCUCAGUACUGGAAGCCUGGUGGGUGGAAGCUCCCCUGGGCACCGCGAGCGCUCUGCAUCGCCCUCUCCUCCAUGACCCUCUACCACAUCAACAGAGUAGCCCUGCCUACGUCACCUCCCCUGCUCUUCUACGGCCUCAUCUUCAUCAGAUUCACCCUGGUGCCCCAGGUAGUCAUGAUCUUCGUGCCUGGCCUGGUCCACCAUCUGACUGCUAAGAAGAAGAAGGACUAACUGUGUUGAGGCAGAACGAGAUCGACAUUAUUGAGAAGAUGUGCUACAAAGCAUGGGACAGGCCCGGUGCCUGAGCAGGAAGCCGUCCAGAGUUGGACUCGGGGUUUGUCGGGAAUCGUGCAUAGGGCAUUGCGAACAAUCGCUGAUAUCUCCUUGGCCAUUUUGUUUACCUGCCACUACUUAGGGCAUCGUCAGACAUUUCUCUCCAUCGGUUAGCCAUUCAAUACUCCUGUCUUGUCAUCCAUCUGGCAACAGCCAGAAACCUGAGCAAUAAAACGCCCAGCUUCAUCGAGAUGUAAAACCAAACAGGCCAUCCUUGGGUGGGAAAAGCUGUUCCGUAUGAAAUUCUUUUGUCUUCAGGCGCCAUUCAAUGGCUGUUGUUGUUGUCAGUAGUACUGGCUUUACUUCCCCACUGCUUUGACGCUCAAUAUUAAAGCUGGACGUCGUGUCUUUUA